AGAAAAAAAGGCAGAUAAAGCCACACAAAGACAAAGAGCAAAGGUAUGAGGUGGAGUGAAUGAGAGAGAGAGAGAAAACUGAUGAGAGAGAAAGAAAUGGAAAAGAGGAAGAAGGUUAAGGCCGUGUUUGGUUUUGAUUUUUGUUGCUUCUUUUCCAGUAUCUUUCUUUGAGAAUAGGAGGAAAAUUCAGCAAACAAACAAACAAUAAAUAUAAAUAAAAAUAAAAAAGAAGGUGUUUUUAUGGAAGAAGAGAUUGCCAUGCUAAGACAGCUUCUUUCUCAAUUUCAUGAACUCUCUCAACUCUACGGCUCUCAUACGACACCGUUUCAUCCUCAUCCUCUUCUCUUUUCUCCUUCUUCACCCAGAUGCUGUUUCCUCAAUCUUGAUGACAAUCUUGUUGAAGAAAACUGCAAUAGUGUCAUCAUGGCAGCUGAAAAACCUGGUAUGUUAAAGAUGGUCGAUCAUUAUAAUCCACCACCGACCAAGAAAUCUCGGAAAGAACGAAAACGCAGAAAGCAUACUGGAUUGCCGAAUUCAUAUGAAAACCUGAAUCCAGAACUCUGGAAGGAUCUUCCUGAGGACCUUUUAGAAGCAGUGAUUGCUAGGCUUCCUGUCGCUACAUUCUUCCGCUUCCGUUCUGUGUGUCGGAAAUGGAAUGCCUUGCUUACCUCACGGAGCUUUUCAGAACACUGUGCCCAAGGGUCUCAGUCCCAACCAUGGUUUUACACUAUCACUCAUGAAAAUGUGAACACGGGGGCCAUUUAUGAUCCUUCCACAAAAAAAUGGCGCCACCCCACCAUCCCUUCACUCCCUCCAAAGGUUAUCCUGUUGCCAGUUGCUUCUGCUGGGGGUCUCGUCUGUUUCCUUGACAUAGGUCAUCGUUACUUCUACUUAUGUAAUCCUCUGACCCAGGUCUGGAAGGAGCUCCCCCCGAGAUCUGUUAAGGUCUGGUCCCGUGUUGCGGUCGGUAUGAUCCAAUAUAGAACUUCAACCACACAGGGCUACAAGAUCCUAUGGUUUGGUCGUGAUGGUGAGUAUGAAAUUUAUGAUUCUCUGAAGAAUACUUGGGCACGUCCUGAGAAUUUGCCUUCAGGUAUCAAGCUCCCACUUUCACUCAACUUUAGGUCGCAUACGGUGUCUGUGGAUGCUACCAUAUACUUCAUGCAUUCAGAUCCGGAUGGGGUUGUGUCCUAUGAUAUGGUGAGCGGGGUUUGGAAACAACACCUCAUCCCGACUCCACCAAACUCGACCGACCACAAUCUUGCGGAGUGUGGAGGCCGAAUUUUUCUAGUGGGUUUACUGACAAAGAAUGCCGCCACGUGUGUGUGCAUAUGGGAGCUUCAGAAGAUGACGCUCUUAUGGAAGGAGGUUGACAGAAUGCCAAAUGUCUGGUGCUUAGAGUUUUACGGAAAGCACGUGCGAAUGACUUGCUUGGGCAACAAGGGUUUGCUCAUGCUGUCACUGCGGUCCCGACAGAUGAACCGGAUUGUCACUUAUAAUGUGGCGAAACGGGAGUGGCUGAAGGUACCCGGGUGUGCUCUUCCACGUGGGAGGAAACGCCAAUUUAUUGCUUGUGGAACUGCUUUUUACCCUUGCCUUACUGCUGUUCCUUGAUACUGUUUAGCUUGGGUAAUGAGCGUGUAAUAUAGCGAGUUGCUACAUUUUUCAGUUGCCUUUCCCAUUCCCCAGCUUUGAAUAUGUGAAAGAUUUGAUUUUGUAUUUGGAGAUUCACAAAACUGAGACCCUGACGUGCAAUCAUGUAUUGUUGUGAAAUUUGUUGCCAAAAAAAACAUUAGAUGGCUUCCUGUAAAAUUGAUAAAGAUACUAGUUAUUAUGUGUCUCGUCCCUGA